AAAUCUGUACAUAUAUAUUUCAUUUCAUUUUAUUCAACAUUUCAUUGAUCAAUAUGUUGCCCGCAUGUCCCGAUGAGCUGCCAAAUCCGCAUAAAAGUUGCCUUCGUGAAAUGUUAAAUACAUUAAUUUGUAACGAUCAGGAUGUUAAACGCUUGAAUACUGAGCUACGCAAUCUGCAACUUGAGCUUGCAGCCGAGCUAGACAAAAUUGAAAAGUCACACGUGUGUGACGAUGGGAAGACUAAAACAACAACGCCAGAAUUAUGUCCACCUGAAGACGAUCUAUCAGAAUUUACCAAGCGCAUCAUCAGUCUCGAUGAAGUGAAACAUUUUUAUACAAAGAGAUUGGAAGAAAUUCGUAAGCGUCGGGACAGUAUUCUCAUGUACGCCAAACAAUGCUUCCAAGCCUACAAUGAGGAGAAGUGCAAGUUUAAAUCAUUCCAGGAGAACACCGUUGACUAUAUUAAACGCACGGCAGCGCUAUCUCAGGAGCCAACAGUCAUUGCACGUUGCAAACGUGAUAUGUGUGAGAUGCACAAACGUUUUGUCAAUGAAGUGGCAAAUUUGAAGCGCUGUGAAUCCCAGCUAGAGCCCUUCUUUAAAUUGCUAAAGGACUCGGAUCCCAAGACUUAUUGUGAAUGUUGUUGCCUUAAAAACUACGAGUGGUUGCCUCAAGGCAAAGACCUUGAGGUUGUUGAUGCGGCUGCUAAUGAAAUCAAAGAGAAGAUGGGCAAGGUAUUGGUUGGGGCAUUUGCUCAACUCCACUUACAUAUGCCGCAGGAUAUGCGCGGAUUCCUGGCCGGAUAUUUGAUGAAUGUUGAACGUAAUGAGCAUGAGGUCAAAGAGAAGCUCGACAUCUUUCAGACGGCUGAACCAGUUAAUGACAAAGAAUUGCCUGACCCAACUUAUAAAUGCACUACCGAUUGUCCGGUACAAAAUAAAUAAAUGUUAAUGUUUAAGUUGCAUUGCAAUGAAAUAAAAUGUAAUGUCUGAAUUAAGAAAUAUCAGAA